CAACAACCCCAUCCAAACCGUCAUGCAGCCAAGGCCGAAAGCACUCAAGAGAAGUUGGACAAGCCAUUAUGGGGCUAUAUACUGCUCUGUGUACCCAGGACCACCUCAAUUUACGUGCAAAGUGACUAUUGACGGACCCGGGACGCCAAUAUCCGCAAGGCCCACGACAUCCAUCAAACAAGCAUCCCGCAGAUAUUCCUUCACCGACUUAGAAAAGAUUAUUACAUUGCUCGCAGUGCGAUCGACUGAGCGCCCGAGUUUUCGCGUCAUUGGAAUACGUCUCCCGGGGCACGGAUUCUCAGAGGCCUGGAGAAAGAAGAGGUUUCCAGUUAGGCAGGCGGCUGAACUCGAUUACUGGAGCCAUCUCUUGAGACUAAGGGCCUGACACGACUUCGUUCGGGCCCAAAGCUGUACUGCUGGCAUCAGGCUAUAACAAAUAGGACGCGUUACGCAGGCAUGUAAGGUGAAUUGAUCUACUUGAUCACGCACGUCGCCGUGCAAAGCUUGAUAGCCACGAGCACGCGAGUUGCUGGUACUACACCAAUUCUUCAUUGGAAGUCAUCGAUGCACCAAGGAGGGAAACCCCAAUUUCCCGUUACGUGGGCCACCUGGAGACGCUCUACUCCGAACUGCUUCUUCGACUGUCUUCCCUGUGGAAAAUAGAGACUCAGAAGAGAAAAGGGGGGCCUGGG